GUUUCUCUCGCGCGUUCUGGUCCAGCUCUCGUAUGGCGUCUCCUCAAUCUGCGUUUCCUCCUGUAAAUGGCCUCGCAGACGUGGCCUCGCCGCCAACGCCCAUUGUUCCUCCUGUAGUGCAGCCAUCGAAGUCAGCAUUCUCCCCCUUGACCAGCAUUUACUCUCGCUUCUCCGCAUGGAGGGACUCUCUCGGCCUCCCCAAUCCCGGCACAGCCGAGAAUUUGCAGAAAGAAGUCAAGUCCACCCACUUGACUAACUUCAUCUUCGAUGGCGCGCGUGCCGACUUGACCAAGAGCCUGUCCAUGAACCCCGCGUUCCAGCUGACGCAUUCGUUUGCGUUGGGCUCCCAGACAGUUGCUCCAUCAUACAACCUUGGUGCUGUGUUCGCAAACAACAACACUCUCCUCCAAGGCAGCAUCGACCAUGAUGGAAAUGUUAAUGGUCGGAUGAACCAGGGAUGGACGGAGAACAAUGUGACGCGAAUGCAGGCUCAGCUAUCGUCACGAGCUGGCCAGAACAUGAUCCAGGUUGAGCAGGAUUACCAGGGCAAGGAUUUCUCUUUGAACGCCAAGGCGGUCAAUCCCUCACCCGCAGAUCUCUCGGGUAUUUACAUUGGAAGCUACUUCCAGUCGUUAACCAAGAACCUUGCUGUGGGUUUUGAGACAUUAUACCAGCGCCCCACACCGGAGAUGGCGGAGAUGACGACCUCCUACCUCGCCAAGUACACCGGCACGAACCGGGACUGGAUUGCCACCGCACAGUUACAACCAGCCGGCAUCCUGCAGGCCUCGUACUGGCAGAAGUUCGGCGAGAAGGUCGAGGUCGCCGCUGACCUACAGUGUAUUGCCGCUCCUCAGCGGAGAGACGCUAUCGCCACCGUCGGCGCCAAGUAUGACUUGCGCAUGGCUACAUUCAGGGCGCAGCUUGAUUCGACCGGCAAAGUUUCCGCUUUGCUUGAGCAGCGUUUCGCGCCAACAUUCUCAUUCUUAGUGUCGGGAGAGCUUGACCACUUCAAGAACGCCGCCAAGGUUGGCGUCGGUGUGAUGAUUGAGAGCUCUACGCUCACCCCUGAGGAGAUGGGCAUGCCUCCUCAAGUCCCCGUAUAGUGAAACACCAUUAGAUUUCUAUUGCUAGAACCAUAUAUUGCAUAUAGUAUAAUCAGACAUUCCCCUACUCUUACGCAUGAAAAUAGUUACUGGACGACGAGCAUGGGCUGGACCAGCAAGCUUGAAAAUCAUUUACG